AUGAGAUUAUCUGAAUCUGUUUCAAUUAUCACUCUUUGCCAUUGUCUUUCCAUUGUUGUUCUGGUUGCUAUCACUGUUGCCAAUGUCUCAGCCGUUAGCGCAGUAGUUAAGCCUAGAGGUUGUGCAAGGGCCAUAAUGUAUGUUUCUGAAAGCCUGUUGAAAAGAGAGUUCGGCGCCAGGAAUGAUGCUGGUUAUGCAGGUAUUGGUGGAGUUUUACGUGGAGCUGAUGGCUGUUUCCGUGCUGCUUUUGCGCACUAUAUUCACAAGAACUCUAAUAAUGUGGCCGAGUUGUGGGCUAUUCGGGACGAAAUGCAGUUGGAAGCUAGCAUUGGUGUCACCAAUCUGAUUGUUGAAAGCGACUCCGACUAUGCUAUUAGCCUUUGUAAACACCAGCAUAAUGCUACUUGGUAUUGUACAGGACUGUUGAGAGAUAUUUUGGACUUGUCUCUUUCUUUUGAUCAUGUUAGUUUCCAACACCACUAUAAGGAGGGGACUUAUGCAGCUGAUAGUUUGUCCAAAAAAGCUGCUAAUGAAUGUAUAUCUUGUGUAUGGGUUGAUUCCCCACCUGGUUUUUUGGGUAAUGUUUUGUCUAGUGAUGUUAUGGGGAGAGCCUUCCCCGGUUUGUAA